UUACAGAGCACUGCUAUUUUACAGCAAUAGAAAUCCUUCUGGAGUUUUGUAGCUGACUCAGAGCUGCAAGAAGAAGAAGAGAAAAGAAGAGAAACAGAGAGAAACACGAGCAGUUUCUUGCAGACAAGAUGACAUUUACUGGCUUCUUUUUCUUCUGUAUGCUGCUGAACAUGCUAACAGAUGCUCGAUCCAUCCAGGAUGGAGAUGAUCUCUACCAGGAUGCUGCAGCUUUGCCCUACUGGCCCUUCUCAUCCAAUGAUUUCUGGUCCUAUGUGGAAUAUUUCCGGACCUUGGGAGCCUACAACAGGAUCAAUGACAUGGCCAGAGCCUUCUUUGCCCAGUUCCCUUUUGGGAGCCACCUUGGCUACCACGUGCGUGACCAUGAGCACUGAGAGCCUUGCUCAGCUUUGCCAGAGCUGCUGCCCAGGUGUUAGGGUGAGCACUUGCCUGCCACUGAACACACCUGGGCUGCCCCCACCUGCUCUGUGACAGCACGGUCAUGUGCAGCAUUUUAUGGCUUCAGUGAGUCUCUUUUUUACCAUUUCUUGUAAAGGUGUUUGCGUGAACACCUGACUGCCAGCAAACACACCUGCACUGUGCCUCAGCCACUAAGUGACACUGCAGCCACAUGCAGCAUUUCGGGCUUAAAAUUAAUCCCUUUUUUUACAAUGUAUGCUUCUGUGUGACACAAUAAACUUG